GUGUGUGAGAGUGUGUGUGUAUGCGGUGCACGGUGAGGUGAAGCAGCAGCAGACUAGAAGGAAGGAUAAGCCGGAAGUUUUUCUAUGAAACUACCACUGGACCGGUUAGCCCGAGUGAUGAAUCUGGAAGAGCCGAGCUUUGGCGAUCACUACAUACAGGAGUUUGUGCUGGAACACCUGGACCACGAUACGGGGCCACAUGUGAAGCGCGAGGACACCAGCCCUUCCGUGCUGAUGGGCAGUGCCGGUGGAGGUGGUGGUGGUGGUGGUGGUGCGAUCGCCUCCAAGAACGUGUGGAACGGUACGACGGUGGACGAGAAUGGCGUCAUAGUGCCGAUCCGGUUGAAGGCCGUCAGCAAUGGAACCACAAUGCCGACCACAAACGGUGUCGCUGGAUGGCAUCUGGAGGAACGGAAGCUUCUGCACGCAUCCUGUUCCUCUCCGGGCUCCGGUGAUCUGUUUACACACGUCGGUGGUCCCACGCACGGACAGCCGAUGCUAUUCAAUCCACCGAUCAGCGGUGUUCCGUCGACACCACCGGAAACUCCACCGGUGAUCGGUUCACCAACCUCCAAUGGGGCACUCGGUGGUAGCGGUGGUACCGGUACCGGCGGAAAUGGUGCAGGCACGGGCACUGGCGGUAGUGGCGGCACAGGAAGCACAGGUGGAUACGGGAACACGGUGUACUAUGGUGGUGGCCGCUCGCAAACCGGCCUGGUCGACGAUAUGAUGUUCCUGCCACAGACGAUCCGCGGAGAGCAGCCACUCGAUCUGCGGCCACUGCAUUGCUCCAUCGGACCGGAGACCGGCGAGUGGAUGGAUCGGAAGGAGUACGCGAGUGUGCUGGCCAUUGGUCAGAAUGGUCCCAAUGGUGGUAUGCUCUCUAGCGGAGGUGGAACGAUGGGUGGUGUAGGUGGCAUAGGAGGUGGUGGUAGUGGUGGUGGAGGAUUUGGGCAUCAUCAUCAUCAUAUUGGGGCAGCGUCGGCCGGUCAGCUGGAGUUUGGAGCGCUCAAUAUGCACUCGCAUGCAUCGUCCCAUCAGCAUCAUCCACAUCAUCACCACCAUCACCAUCAUCACCAUCAUCAGCUGCACCCGAAUCGGCCACACUCGGUUAGCUCGACCAGCUCCACUAUCUCGCCCCGCAAUGGUACCAGCAGUAGCGGUGGAGGGAGCUGCUAUAACGGGCUCGGUGGUGGUGGCGGUUCGGUCAAUGGACUAUCAUCAGAGGAUCUUAUCAACGAUGAGCUGCUGAUGACGCUGUCGGUGCGCGAACUGAACAAGCGGCUCCACGGUUGCCCCCGGGAUCAGGUGGUUCGGCUGAAGCAGAAGCGGCGCACGCUCAAGAAUCGUGGCUAUGCGCAAAACUGUCGCUCGAAGCGGCUUCAGCAGCGUCAGGAUUUGGAGCUCACCAAUCGCCACAUGCACCACGAGAUGCAACAGAUCAAGCUCGAGCUGGUUAAGCUGAAGCAGGAACGCGAUGAGCUGAUGCAGACGCUGCAGAUGUACCAGCGGGAACAAUCUCAGGCCAACUCUCUCCAGCAACAGCAGCAGCAACAUCAACACCAUCAAGCCCACCAGAAGCAACAGCAGCAGCAGCAGCACCACCACCACCACCAUCAUCAUCAGCAGCAGCAGCAUCAACACCAACAGCAACAACAUCAGCAUCAACAGUAUCAGCAACAGUCUCGUCAGCAACAGCAGCAACACCUCCAUCAUCAUCAGCAGCAGCAGCAGCAGCACCUUGGUGCAGGCGGCGGUGGUAGUGGUGCCCACAACAACAGCAGUUCCUGCAACGGUGGUGGUACUACCGGUGGAAGUACUAACAACAACAACGGUGCUAGUGGUGGUACCAAUACCGGAGGUGCUACUGGUGCUAACAGCAACAGCAGCAACAACAAUUCCGGACUAGUUCCUUCAGUGAAGCAGCUGAUCGCCGAGAGCGUUAGCUCGCAGGAGUAUUACGUAUGACGCCAAACGACUCUCGGCGGUGUCGGUGGUGGUGGUGGUAGUGGCGGUGCAGGCCAAACGCCUUCAUCCUGGGCCGGUCGGUACGGUUGCUAAAUCAGCAACUACCGGGACACUACCACUGUACAUAGCGGAUUCUCUAGUUUACCAUUCCGGAAGCCGCGGGGUCGUAAGGAUGGUCGAUUUGUUUUAAGUUUUUUCCGGUUUUCAUUCCGGUUCUCAUCUCGGUUAGUGAUUAUCUAGCAUUAAAGGACACUUUCUAUGUUGUUUCUUGGUUACGCGAGGCGUACGCUUGGUUAUGCGUUAGUUUGGCGGUGGAGUCGUUGCGUUUGGUUGUUCUUGAAUUUUGAAAAUUACCCUCUGUUACUACCUAAGUUUUACCAAGUAUUGUAUUGUUACGCGAAGCCUCUUACCAUUUCCUUCGGUUUUUAAGUUUCUUUCUCGAGUUUUCAAUUGUUUCUCUUCGUUUGUAUGGAAAGCCACAAACAAUUUAGGAAAAAAUCAGAUCGUACGGCCAAGCCAAGUGAAAGUCUCAAAUAUAUAUGUGCUCAACGACACCUCAAUAGUGGCUACUAGUGGACAACGCAUCAUUUACUGGAGAGUCCGCAUCAACCAUCCAUAAUGCUUCCUUCCGUCGGGCGAGAUAGCAAACGUGUAUGUGCGAGAAAGAUAGUACGAAGUUAGUUACUUGGAAGUGCAAAACGAAAAAAAAAAGUAUACGACUGAGACCGAGGACUGGGACUACAAAUACAAACACCACAAACGCAUUAAACGUAGUAGUCUACUACUCCCGUUUGGUAGUAUCCCUCGGAAAGAACGGAAACACUGACAGCAGGGAAUAAGUUUGCAAACCACUAACUAGAUUGUACAUAGAACAUGCUCUGACGCAGCAGGCGCAUGAUGGCGCAAUGCAAUAACAAUAAUAGUAGUGAUACUGCGUUAAGUUAAAUCAUCAAAUACGCAAAAAAAGGAUAUAAAUACCUUCAGUUACAGAAAUAGGCGACCACAAUUCAGCAGCAGCAUCCAUAUCAUUCGUUCGAGGAAGCACAUCAUGGUAUACUUUGGUUUUUCGCCGUUUUUCACUUUAAGUUUUCAAGUUUCCAAGUAGGCCAAGUUGGAUGGGCUGGAUACGUUAUUGUUUGAGUGAGAGGAAGCGUCGAGCUGGGGAUGGAUUCAAGGUACGGUCGCUCUCAUGGGGUCGCCACUUUGGCCACCAAAGCCCACUAGUGUAAAAAAAACGGGAAAAGGGGGAAUAGAACAAACGUAAACGACAAUUUAUCAUUAAAUGAUGUUACAGAAAGUAAAGAA